AAGACGCUGCCGUGGACUAUAGAGAACUACAGCAAGGAUCUGAUCAUCAAAGUUGACGAGGAGGAUGGGACGGUGGUGAAGCGGCCUUUCCCGAGCCGCAAGCAGGUUUUGUCGAUGAAGCACGACUUUUUCAAGAGGCCGAGCCCGACACCUCCGUGGGAAGUCAUCAGGCAUUGGAAAGAGCUGAGGAAAUCUGUCGACAGGGAAACAGCACAGAGGGAGUCGAGAGGUGGUGCUUAAAAAGCUGAAGAGCUGCUUCGCUUGCUUUCCGGGAAAGCAUGUCGCUCGGCUUUUUUCGCUUGACUCUUGGAAGCUGGAUUGGAGAAAUCUCAGUAGCUUUAUGCGGCCAGCCAGCAGCAACAAAGUCUACGUGCUCCUCGUGAUUUGCAAUCAUCAAGGCUGCUUCUUAAGAUACCAUCACCGUGGCUCUCGUCGUCUUGAAUAAAGAACGAAUUCUCCACCUAACCAUCGGAAUCCGCCACUGGAUCACCGAGGUUUACUGCUCGGUACUGCUAGCGAUGCUGGCAGGGGAGGACCAUUUAGCCAGUUUUGUCCGAUGCCAAGGUUGAGAGCGGUCAGAAUGGAGAGCACGCUUAUUCCAGUCGUGAUCGUUGCGCUCGUGUCGCUUGGCCAAAUCUCGAGAGUGGCAUCGGAGUGUGCUACUUUCCCUGCGCUCUUCAACUUUGGAGACUCGACCUCGGAUACUGGAGGAAUCCAGGCGGCAUUCCCGACCUUCAGCCAGGCGGAGUUUGCUCCUUAUGGCAUGACGUUCCCUGGGAAGCCGUUUCUAAGAUACAGCGAUGGUCGGCUCGGUGUUGAUUUCCUGUCUGAAGCUCUUGGGAUUCCCUACCUCAGUCCUUACUUCCAGUCUGUUGGAUCGAAUUACACCUAUGGUGUCAACUUCGCAACAGCCGGAGCUACAUCGCAGGCCGUGACAUACAUCAGCCCCUUCUCACUCAACGUUCAGCUCAACCAGUUCAGGGAAUUCAAGCAGAGAGUCCUUGCGAGCAAUGGAACAAGAAAUCUGAAUGCUCUUCCCUCGCCGAGCGUCUUCUCCAGAGCCAUCUACUAUGUGGACAUUGGUGGGAAUGAUUUUAGCUACGGCUACACGAGGAACAUGACGUUCGAUCAAGUCAAGGGGUACAUCCAUCAAGUGGUGGACGGGAUCAUCUUCCUCGUGAAGGGAGUGUAUGCCGAAGGAGGCAAGACGUUCAUCAUCUCCGACGUCGGCCCGCAAGGCUGCGUCCCAUACUUCCUCACCAAUUUCCCAAACUUGGCAGUGACUUACGACUCGGCCGGAUGCGCUCGAGAGUUCAACGCGGUGACGCAGUACUACAACGGGCUCCUUCGAAAGGCCUCGAGACUCAUGCGAGCCGCCUUCACAGGCACCACCAUUGUCUACCUCAACUCUUACGAUAUCAAAUACGCUCUCACGCUCAACGCUGCCAGCUACGGAUUCCAAUACGCGACUCGGGCUUGCUGCGGCACAGGAGGCGAUUACAACUACAACUUCGGGGUCCAGUGCGGGGAGUCGAAGAUCGUGAAUGGCAAGUCAGUGGUGUCCACGACUUGCAAGGAUCCAUCUCAGUAUCUCAACUGGGAUGGAGUUCACUACACCGAGGCCGCGAACAGGAUCAUCACCAGGCAGAUACUGAGUGGAAACUACUUCGAUCCAAAGCUUCCGCUGGACACCUUGUGUUCUCUCAACACCAUUUGAUUGCUUGCUUCCAAGGCACAAGCGAGAAAAUUUUGCACGAGAAAAGGCUGGGGUCUUUGUUUUCUUUUCUCCUUACAGGGCAACUGCGAAGUUCCAGAUGCUCAGAUUGGGCAUCCUGUCAAUGUCUUGCAAGAGAAGGUAAAAAAUGGCAGGUGAAACACAGAAAUUCACUGAA